AUGGAGGAUAUAGGAGGUGGAAGAAAGGGAGUAGAGGUGGAGAAGGAGGUGAGAGAUUGGAAAGAGGAGAUGAAAGAGAUGAAAGAGAUGAUGAAGGAUAUGAUGGAGAGAAUGAGGGAUUUGAAGGGAAUAAAAAAGGAGAUAAGAGAGCAUGAAAGAAGUAUGAAGGAGGAGAUGGAGGGGCUUAGAAGGGACAUGAGAGAGAACAAAAAAAGAUGGGAGGAGGAAAGGAAAAGCUUAAAGGAGGAGAUCAAAGAGCUGAAGAGGAGAGUGGAGGAGAUGGAGGUGAGAAGGGAUAGAAAGAGGAGAGGGGAAGAGGGGGUAGGAGAGAGGGAGGGGGAAAGAGUGAUAGAAAGAAUGAAGGAGAUUGAGGGAAGGAUGGAGAGAAAAGAAAGAAAGGAUAGGAGAAAGAAUAUAAUAAUAAAGGAGUUAGAAGUGAGAGGGGGAGAAAGGAAGAAAGCGGUAGAAGGAAUUUUGGAGGUUAUAGGGGUGAAGGUGGAGGUAGAAGAAAUUAGAAAGUUAAGGGAGGAUGAGGGAGAUAGGGAAAUGGUAUGGAUAAGAGUAAGGAAUGAGGAGCAAAGAAAUGAAGUGAUGAGGAAGAAAAGUAAGUUAAAAGGGAAGAGGGAAAAGAUUGUAGAAGAUUGGACGUGGAAAGAAAGGAGGAUGAGAUGGAAAUUAGAGGAAAUCGCAAGAAGGAAGAUGAGGAAAGGAAGGAGAGUAAGGAUAGGAUAUGGAAAGUUAAAGAUAGAGGAGAAAUGGUGGAUAUGGGAUAAAGAGGAGGAGGUGCUGAGAGACGGAAAGGGAAUGAUAAAAGAGGAGAGUGAGGGAGAAGACAAGGAAGUGUAG